UAGCACAUACGAAUACGAUAGCUGUUUGAGUUUGGCUAGUAACAUCUUAAGACUAUGGCAACUAGGAAACGAAGUGAAGUCUGGCUCUAUUUUGAAGAGCAUGAAUACAUUUCAGCUAAAGUUGUGUGCCAGAUCUGUUCAGACACGGUCAUUCAUAGUGGAAACACCAGUAAUAUGCUAAAGCAUUUAAAAACUAAGCAUGAAAGUGAAUAUUCUGAACUUGAAAACAAGAAGAAAAAGGAACUGGAACAGUCAGAAACACCAACUACAAGCAAGACAAAACAGAUGUCAUUGCUGGAUAGCUUCAGCAGAAUUGGUGCAGGUGGAAAAUAUCCAGAUGAAUCGCCAAAAAAGAAAGCCAUUACGAACAAGUUGCUAAAAAUGAUUGCAAUCGACCUUCAGCCACUUUCUAUCGUGGAGGACGAGGGAUUUGUUGCUUUUGUCAGACAACUUGAUCCCAGAUAUGAAAUUCCCAGCAGACGAUCCCUGAUGCGAACGCAUUUUCCUGAUCUACUUAAAAACAGUCAAGCAAUCGUUGAGUCAAAUUGAGCAGAAGCAACUGACAUUACAAUUACUAGAGAUUUAUGGACUU